UUCACUAACAACGACAGUAGACAGCUGACUUAUUAAAACCCAAAAUACGUACAAGUUACGACCCAGCUAAUAGAUUUGGCUAAAGUUCGAUUAUAUGGUUUUUGUAUUUUGAAAUCACAUUCAACUACUAAAUUGCUUACGAAAUAAGGAAAUUUUUGCUUCUGGCAUAACGAAAACGCUUUUUUAUAGUCCCAGGAUUUAUUUCUAUUGUAAAAAAUGACUUCAGGGCCUUACAAUUAUUCUUAUAUAUUCAAAUAUAUUAUUAUUGGCGACAUGGGAGUAGGAAAAUCUUGUCUUCUACAUCAGUUUACAGAGAAAAAAUUUAUGGCAGACUGCCCCCAUACUAUUGGUGUUGAGUUUGGAACCAGAAUUAUUGAAGUAGCCGGUCAGAAAAUCAAGCUUCAAAUAUGGGAUACAGCUGGACAAGAGAGGUUUCGAGCUGUAACUCGCUCUUACUAUAGAGGGGCUGCAGGUGCCCUUAUGGUAUAUGAUAUAACAAGAAGAUCUACUUACAAUCAUUUAAGUAGUUGGCUGACAGAUACUCGCAACUUGACUAAUCCUAGUACUGUGAUAUUUUUGAUUGGAAAUAAAUCUGAUUUGGAUGGCCAACGAGAUGUAACAUAUGAGGAGGCAAAACAAUUUGCAGAUGAAAAUGGAUUAAUGUUUGUUGAAGCCAGUGCAAAAACAGGUCAAAAUGUGGAGGAAGCAUUCCUUGAAACAGCAAAAAAAAUAUACCAAAGCAUUCAAGAUGGCCGGUUGGAUUUGAAUGCUGCGGAGUCUGGAGUUCAACACAAACCUGCCUCCCCUGGGCGUCCACUUGCAGCGCCUCCUGCCUCACGGGACAAUUGUGCCUGCUAACUCACAUUCAACCCUGCCCCAUACAAGACUAUGGUAACAUAUUGUCCCAAAUAAAAAUAUGUUUUCUAUCCAAUGUGUGUAAUUACUAAAAUAAUUAACAUACUAGUUUUUUGUCUAUAUGGUCAGUGAGGGUUUUAACUGUCUUGUAAUGCAGGAAUAAGGUACACGAGUAUCUAAAUUAAUUUCAUUUUUAUGUGUAGUAUAUUAUAAAAUAAUAUUAUUGGUAAUUACACAAAUUUAGAUGAAAAAAAAUCAAGUACUAGCAUAAACAUAAACACGGUAGAAAUCAAAAUAACUAUACCUUGUCUUUAAUUUUUUACUGUCCAUAUUUUAUAACAUAUUAAAUCCUGUCUUGACCAGUUUAAAAUGUCAAUUUUUUUAAUAAUUGAUAUUUUACAAUAUUGGUUAUAGACACCCGAAAACAGUGAAUUCAUCCAUAUAUUUACCCAAAUUUAUUUAAUUUUAAUAAAUGAGGAGGUGACUCUGACUGUUUAUAUCUUAUGCAAAUAAAGUGGUAAGAAGAUCGACAUUGUAUCUACAAAUUGCUUGUUGCAAAUUGCAGAUAACUGGGAACAAAUUAAAAUUUUCUGAAUAUUGGGGCAUAAAUCAUAUCGAAAUAGUAGAGUAAGUAGAUGUAUUAACAUUCCACAUUAUAUUUUUGGGUAAUGGAUGUAAAUCUUAUAAUAUUAUAUAUAAAUAUAUAAGAUUAAGUAAUGGGAUGUUUAUUCAAUCAUUAGCCUGCGAAUAUAUUUGAUUUUUAACAAAUGAAUCUGUCAGUUGAGUAAUUAUUGAAAAAUCAGCCCCUUAAUAUUAUAAAAGUGGAAUUUAUACCUAGGGACAGCUAACAUUUAGAAAAUUGCUAGAAUUAAGUAUAAUUUACAUGUUAAUCAUUUAGCAUUUAUCUAAUAUUUAUGUACAUAAAAUAUGUUAAAGCAUUAAACCAGAUUUUUUGGAUAAUAAUUACAUAUUUUAUUAAAUUUCCUAUGACUAUUUUUAUUUGGUAAAAUUAAAGAGCAUAUUAAAAAUACUUGACAUGCCGUUUAAUAAUUAGCUUAUAAAUCUCUUAAGGUUAAUUUCUUUGUUGCAUAUUAGCUAAUUAAUACUUAUAAACUGCUUAACCAUAAUACAAAAUAAGUAAAUUGCUUAUGAAGAUAUUCUGAUGCAGAUAAUACACCAUGUUGGAACUAUUAGAUGCUAAUCUAGACUUUAUCUGUGAGGUUAUCGUCAAAGUAUAAAGCUAGAAAACCACCUAAGUAAAGCAAUGGCCUGAUGUUACAUUGAAAACCCUUUUGAAUAGAUAAUUUUUAUAUUCACCAAGCGGGAAUAUUUUUCGAACAGGAUCUCUUGUUGUACUACAAUGCAGUUUCAUUUAUAUUUUCUGUUUUUGACAAGUAUUCAGUUGAUUAUUUGGUAUUUAUUCUGCACCCUAAUCUUAGGUUUAAAUAUUUUCUCAUGUAUUAAACAGAACUUAUUUAUAAUAUUAAAAUGUUUUAAGUAAUCACAAUAAAGAUCUUAUUAUGA